AGUGUGAGCCAUUUCGGGUCUCAGAGCCGUUUCUCGCGCGGGCACGCGGCUUUGGUCAAGGUCGACGUUGGCCGCGCCUGCGGCGCGGAACACCUGGAGAAAUGCCGAAGGUCUCGCGUGGGGCGAUAUGGACCAUGCACCCUUGGCACGAACAUGGGCCUUCUCGGAAUCUGUUGGCCCGAAGAAUCAAGAGCACUUUUGGCUCACUGAUUACUUUGGGAAUUGUCUAUCCCUUUGUUCUUCAAGUCUUGGAGUACACAAGCGUUUGCUUGUACAAAAAGGAUGGGAGACGGGAGAUGGUACUUUGUCAUGUUUUACUCUCUCGGAUCAGGGAGUCACGACGUUUUCAAGUGAAGCUCGACGUUGUUUCUCUCUCUUCAGCAUCGGUUCGGCGUCGGCCUGUCGUCUUGAGGUCUUCUGUGCGUCGGCGUCGGCGUCGUCAGGUCCGCAAACAUCCCAACUCCGUCGUCGAGGUGUCAAGCCCCUGACAACAUCUGCCGCUGGUGUCAAGGCCCUGGCAUGUUCUCCGAACGGAGAGCUGGAAAGAGGAGUUUUGCUCCAGUGUGGCUAUGUAGGCUUGACAAUGUUGUGGCAGGUGUAUGGCAUUCUGGUCUUGUUGGCUUUAACAGACCACCGGGGCGCUUGGGUUCCAUGCAAGAAGCUUCAAAGCUAUAUGCAAGGGUUUGGCUCCAUGAAAUCUCAAAGCUGCUGAACAUAUCUCCAUCACAAGCUCCUGAGUUACUCAAUCAAUUUGCCAGAACCUCUUCAGACAUUUCCUGAGUCACUAGAGUCAGUGAAAGCUGCUGAGGUACUUAAUCGUUUUGAUGGACAUGUUGAACUUCGGGAUUGUCUUCCCACUGCUGCCAUCGAUUGCAGAGGAGUUCAAUGCCUCGGCGAUGCAGGUCGGAAGCUUAGCCACCUUCUUCUCCGUGGCGCAAGUGAUCUUUACACCUGUUCUAGGCUGGGCCUCCGAUAAGUUCGGUCGACGCCCGGUGCUGCUGAUCGCCGUGGCGGGCACGACGGCCUCCACGGUGUUGACGGGAGCGGCCUGGAACUUCACCAUCAUGUGCGUGGCACGCGCCAUCAACGGCGCUAGUGGUGGCACUGUGGGCAUUGCGAACGCCUACAUUGCGGAUGUCACCAAUAGUAUAGAGAAGCCCACCUACAUCUCCUACCUCCAAGCAUGUAACUCGGUGGGCAUCAUCAUCGGUCCCGCCUUGGGUGGAGCCCUCAGUCGCUGGGGCUUCGCCCUGCCCUGCUACGUCUCCGCUGCCUUGAGUGGGCUGAACUUCCUUGUGGCCCUCUUCUUCCUGGUGGAGCCCCGAUCUUCCCAGCGAGAGGCAGCUGUGAACUUGACACAUCCCACACCUGAUGAGGGCGCACAAGAAGGAACCACUGGCACUGGCAUUCACGAGAAUGUCCACAGCGCGGUGGGCAGCAAUGCCCGUUUGCGGACGCGCGCCUCAUCGGUGGACACAGGGUUAGAUUACAUCCCCUGCUCAGCUGGUUUGCUCUUCGCUGCGGGUUUCCUUUUCAUGCUGGGCUUCGCCUCCUUCGAAAGCGUCACAGGAUACUACUUGAUGGACAGGUUGUUCAACCACAACAAAGAAACCAGCGGGCAGUUCUAUGGCCUGCUUUUCACAAUAGCCGGGAUAGCCAUGCUCCUCACCGCGCUCUUUAUCUACAAGCCCCUGCUGGGCUGCAUCGGCGAGUUCCCCACCGUGGCCCUGGGGGGCGUCUUCCGUUGCGCGGGCUUCUUGGGGAUGUCCUUCGCCACCAGUCCGGUGCUGUUCGCUUGUGCAGCGAUCGUGCAAGUGGUAGGAGGAAAUCUCAUCUCUCCGACCACAUCCUCCCUUUUGACCACGAUUUGCUCGAAGAAGAUCUAUGGCAAGGCUCUAGGCUACCAACAGUCCUUUCAGUCGGUGGCCCGGAUCUUCGCCCCCACCAUCUUCGGGUAUUUGUACGACCAUUACGAUCAGCGCCUCACCUUUUGGAUCAAUGCCGCCACCACAGUCAUCGCGGUGCCGCUCAUCUUGGCGGUGCCAAGGCCUGCGAGCCCCAUGAAUGCCCAGGAAGUGGAGCAGAAUUGUGAUAGCUUGGAACGGCAGAAGUCCGUUCCACCCACCUUACCCUCUCUGGAGGGCACCGAGCACCAUCCCACCCUGCGGCGGCAGCUCUCCAGAAGUGCUACCGAGUCACAUCAAAGUCAGAGCCUGCAGCCGGUGGUUGAGGAUGCUUAGGCGAGCGGAGGCCGAAGCCUAGGUCCAGCAGGUCUCAAAAAGGGACAUUCUGCUGAAGCUCGAUGUGUAAAGUGGAGGGCACCCAGCCCAGGAGAACUCAUUGAAGACUUGUAUUUGAGGUCG